GGCAAGCCUGUCAAUCAUUCCAACAACAGUAACCACAAGGGAGUGUUUGCAGCAGGAUAGCAGAUACAAGAAACGGCUCUUACUUUAGUUUACUUGGAAUCGGCUCUAAUAUGCAUGUCUGGAGAAAAAUUAUCUGUGUUUGCAGAUGGUGAAUGUCAGUGAAGCAAAGCAUUUACUGUCACCAGAAACAGAUCAAAUCUUCCUCACCGGAUAGCAAAAUGGCCACAAAACUACCCCUUCGAGAGGAAUGUGAGAAUUGGACAACUCUUCAAGUUGCAGAUCUCCUAAGACAGAUUCGAAUGCCUGAAUCUGCAGCAGUAGUGGAAAAAUUGGACAUUAAUGGAGCUAAAUUUUUGAAUAUAUCAGACUAUGAGUUGAACAAAUUCAAUAUAAUGCACCAGCCAAACCAGGCAGAGAUAACCCGUGGGAUUCUAUCUGCUCGGUAUAGCACUCCUUACGAUCAUAGGAAACAGCACAUGUUCUCAUUAAAUGGUCACUAGUUUACCUGAUACUAUCAACACGGAACAUGGACAAGUUCAAUAAGAUCACUGAGCCAGCUGGUCAGAAGCUAAGGCAGCUUCAAAAGAUGGUACAUGAUAUCAAGAAAAAUGAAACUGGAAUAAUGAGCAAAUUCAAAAAGUUCCAAAAUGAACAAGUGGCCUUAAUUUGCAAAACUGGGAAAAAUACUUGGGAUCGGCUAAAAAAUAAACCCCCACCAAGUGUACCACAAAGGGAUUAUGCUUCAGUACAUGCAGAGGAUGAAGAUGAACAAUGGUCUGAUGAUUUUGACAGCGAUUAUGAAAAUCCAGAUGCCCACUCUGAUUCAGAGAUGUAUGUGGUCCCGAGUGAAGAGAACUGUGAUGACAGUUAUGAGCCCCCUCCAACUGAGCAAGAGAAAAAGAAGAUUCCUUCAUCAUUUUCAUUUUCAAGGGGAGAAUACGCAGACAAUCGCACUACCCACCAGGAGCCACUGCCAAGCAGGCCAAGUCAGUCUUUAAUUAAACCGAAGAAACCAUCUAAACCAUCUCUGCCAUCAUCAUCUGCCACUCUGAAACCAAAAGUGCCACCCAAGACCAAAGAGUUCCAUGAGGAUGAGGAUGAUUAUAUCGUGCCUGUAGAUGAUGAAGAUAACUACAUUGAACCUACGGAAGGCAGUACUUCACAAUCUACAAAACCUCCUAUAAACAGAUCUGUCAAGCCAACAAAGCCAGUUCUUCCUAGCUCUGCCAAGUCCUCUCCUGUUCCUGCGUCUCCUUUCGUGCAAGACGUCUAUGAGGUUCCUGAAGAAGAGGAAAAACCGUCACCACCAACAAGCAGGAACACUAAACCUCUUCCUCCUAAGCCUGUUCAGAGUACAGGAGGACGUUCCCACAUGCUCAGCUCAGCCAAAGAAUCCUCUAAACCAGACACUUCCAGAAAUAUUCUUCCUCUUCCCAGAAACCAUCCUCAGCAAAAAGCAGAGCACGAUAAGAAUGAAGAACAUAAUGAUGAAAAUCACAGCAGCAGUGGAGCUCAGGAAUCCAAAUUUCCCUCUGUUGCAAUUCCAUCACCAUUACCAAGGGCAAUAAAGAAGACACCUAAUCCAGUAAAACCACCAAAACCAAGUUUACCACACAAAGAGAAUUUAAGUGUUACUGAAGAGAAACCUACAGCCGCUGAACGGCGACGAGGUCCCAACCAAGAGCUCCCACUUCCACCCCUACCAACAACAGCCCAAAAGCCAUUACUUCAAAAGCCACCAGCCCUACCAAAAUCGCUAGACACUGCAAACCGCACAAUGGGCACUCUUCCACGCAGCAGUAUUUCAGCUAGUUUGGAUACUACAGACCAGGAUGCUGGUGUUCAUGAUAAAGCAUGGUAUGCAGCUUAUUGUGAUCGAAAAACUGCAGAAGAUGCAUUAUACAAAUCAAAUAAGGAUGGAUCAUUUCUGAUAAGGAAGAGUUCUGGUCAGGAUUCAAAGCAGCCGUACACACUAGUUGUGUUUUACAACAAAAAAGUGUAUAAUAUCCCUGUACGAUUUAUUGAAACAACUAAACGAUAUGCACUGGGCAGAGAAAAAACUGGCGAGGAGCGCUUCACAAGUGUUGCUGAAAUAAUAGAGAAUCAUCAGCAUACACCCCUGGUUUUAAUCGACAGCCACAACAACACAAAAGAUUCCACCAAACUGAAACAUAUUGUUAGAGUUUCAUAAUUACACUGAACUGUAAGAAGAUCAAGAUUUUUAUAUGUAUUUUUCCAACUUCCCAAAGUUUCUGGAUCAAGUAUUUUAAACAAAAACAAACAAAAAAAAUUCAAUAUGUUCAAAGAACUACAUCUACUACAGCUCACUGUUUUCAAUAAAGCAAUUCAUUUGCAAGAUCCAGAGCUCUUGAAAGUAGAAUGACUAUAACUAAGAAAUGGACCACUGUAUGCAACCAGACAAAGCUAGUAUGUUGCACCAUGUUUGGGAUUUCAAGAUGUGAAUGGAUUAGCACUGCCCAGAGCUCUACUCCGACUGUCUGAUUCAUGAGGUUUUUGGUUGUAUUUUUAAUGUGCAAAUAAAAUGUAACAAUACUAUAAAAUGAAUAAUGUACAGUAAUAUUACUGCUUGAUAUUUACUGUUGGGGUUCUAACUGCUGUCAGAAUACUUUAGUAUAGCUUGUGUUUAUUUUAGUGUGAAUAUUAUCUUUGCAUGAACUGCUUCAUACAUUCUAUUGUUACAACAAAUAUCAAUGUACAGUUUGCUCAUA